CGUUGAUGAAACUCAUGCCCGAAAAGAAAGAGAUUGCUGAAAUACGCGGUUAUGCCAGCAGCAAAAACCUUGGGGAAGCUGAGAGCUUCUACCUGCAUCUGUCUGACAUCGCCGACUACGAGCUGAGAGUGCAGGCAAUGCUCUUCAAACAAGAAUUCCAUGAACGAUACACUGAUGCAUCUGAGCAUUUGGUAAAAGUGAUUGAAACCUGCGAGUUCCUCAUCGAUGAUUGCAGUCUCAAGCAGUUCUUCAAGCUCAUCUUGCAACUUGGAAAUAAACUGAAUGCUGGAACUUAUGCUGGUAACGCAGAUGCGAUCAGGAUCAGCUCUCUGGCAAUGCUGGCUGACACGAGAGCCAAUAAGCCAAAGAUCACAUUUCUGCACUAUGUGGUUGAUGUGGCUGCAUCCAAUGAUGCCAGUAUGCUAGCAUUCAGAAGCAAGGUUGCCGAUUUCCAGAGAAUGUCAAAGACACCGUUUGCAGCCCUCGAAGAGGAGGUGAAUUCAUUGGUGGAGGGAGUAAAAGACAUCAGCAAGAGAAUCAAAUCGAGUCAAGUGUCUUCUCAAUUCGGUGAUUUCUUCCACCAUGCGAAACAACAGGUGCAUUGUCUUGUCAAGAAAUUGAAGAAAAUUCGAGAGGUGAAAUCUCAACUGGCAGUUCACUUGUGUGAGGAGCCUGCUGCUUUCCAGCUGAAUGACUGCCAUCAGCUAUUUGCUGACUUCUUCACCAAAGUCAACAAAGCUUUUCAAGAAAACGAUCAGAUGAAGAAAUCUGAGGAAAAAGCUGCAAAAUUGAAGGCUGAGAAGUCGACCAACAACAAGGUUGUAAAAUCGAAGAGAAGAACAUUAGACAGCGAAGUCGAACAGCUCAUCAACGAAGUGAAAAAUGAGGAAAACGAUCACAUGAAGAGAAUGGAAGAGCGAAACGCGAGAAUAGCAUCGGAAAGGGGGAAGAGCGAUAAGCGGGUAGCCGGACAAAAGGGAAUUGUGACCAAAGACGAGAUAAACAUGGUGGAUAUGCUGAUGCAGGAGAUAAAAGGCGGCAUUUUCAAACUGAGACGAUCUCAAGGCGCUGAACAACCAUAA